GUCUGCAGUCUUGGUUUCCCUGACAACCGGCUGCAGCUCAGCGCUGAGGGAAGGGAGAUGCUGGCUCGGCGGCGACGAGAUCCGCUCCAGACCGUAAAGCGUCGCAGUCAGGAAUUAAAGCAACAGGUUGAUAGUUUAAUUUCUGAGAGUCAGUUGAAAGGAGCUCUAGAAGCCAGUAAGAGGCAAGAUAUCUAUCAAAGAUGUAUCCAGUUAAAGCAGGCAAUUAAUGAAAAUAAAAAUACUCUUGAAAAAUUAAAAAAAUCUGACGAACCUGCACCUGUUGGGAACUAUGAUCAGAAGAAACAAGAGGAGCACAAUCUUUUGGAUAAGCUUACUCACCAACUGCAGGAACUUGCUGUGUCCAUAAGUAGAGAAAACACAACAGAAGUUGGAGUAGUUACUAAAAGAGAGGAAGAUGAUGAGUCUACUGAUGAAGAAGAAGGAGAAGAUGAUGAAGACGAUGAUGAAGAAGAAGAAGAAGAAGAAAGUGAAGGGGAGGAAGAAGAAACAGAAGAGGAAGAGGAACAGGAAAAUGAAUCUCAACAACAGGCAGCAAGUAAAGAAUACAUUGCUAUUGGAGAUUUUACUGCUCAACAAGUUGGGGACCUUGCAUUUAAGAAAGGGGAGAUUCUCUAUAUAAUUGAAAAAAAACCUGAUGGUUGGUGGAUAGCUGAGAACGCCCAAGGAGACAAAGGUCUUGUUCCCAGAACCUACUUGGAGCCCUAUGAUAAAGAUGACCAAGAAUCAAGUGAGAAAGGCAGUGAAGAAGAUGCAGAAAUUGGGGGUGAAACUGCAGAAGGAGCAGAAGAAGUUAAACAAAGAACUGAUUCUCAUUGGAGUGCUGUUCGAAAAGCUAUCUCAGAGCAGAUAAACACUAUUGAUGUGUUAACUACGAUGGGAGCUAUUCCUGCAGGGUUCAGGCCUUCCACACUCUUCCAGCUUCUAGAGGAAGGGAAUCAGUUUCGAGCAAGUUACUUUGUACAACCAGAGCUCACACCUUCACAACUGGCCUUCAGAGACCUAAUGUGGGAUGCUAAAACAGGCACAAUUAGGUCAAGACCAAGUCGUGUUUCAUUGAUUCUGACCCUGUGGAGCUGUAAAAUGAUCCCUUUUCCAGGAAUGAGUCUUCAGGUUCUCAGUAGACAUGUCCGCCUCUGUCUGUUUGAUGGUAAUAAGGUUCUGAGCAACAUUCAUACAGUCAGAGCUACAUGGCAACCUAAAAAGCCCAAAACAUGGACCUUUUCUCCCCAGGUUACUGGGAUCUUGCCCUGCUUGCUUGAUGGUGAUUGUUUUGUCAGGUCCAAUUCUUCAUCUCCAGAUCUUGGACUAUUAUUUGAACUUGGAAUCUCUUAUAUUCGCAAUUCAACUGGUGAAAGAGGAGAAUUAAGUUGUGGCUGGGUGUUUCUUAAACUUUUUGAUGACAGUGGAAUUCCUAUUCCAGCAAAAACUUAUGAGCUAUUUUUGAAUGGCGGCACCCCUUAUGAAAAGGGGGUUGAAGUAGACCCAUCAGUAUCCAGAAGAGCCCAAGGGAGUGUUUUCCAUCAGAUGAUGACAAUGAGAAGGCAACCUCAACUUCUGAUAAAACUGAGAUCUUCGAACAGAAGAUCAAGAAACUUAUUAAGCCUGCUGCCAGAAACAUUAAUUGGAAACAUGUGCUGCAUUCAUUUGUUGAUAUUUUAUCGCCAAAUUCUUGGAGAUGUGCUCCUGAAAGAUAGGAUGAGCAUGCAAAGUACUGAUUUAAUUAGUAAUCCCUUGUUGGCCACCUUCCCAAAGCUCUUGGAGCAGCCUGAUGUGAUGGAUGCACUCAGGAGUUCAUGGGCUGAGAAAGAAAGCACAUUGAAAAGAUCAGAGAAGAGAGACAGAGAGUACCUGAAGACUGUGUUUCUCCUGGUUUACCAUGAUUGUGUGCUGCCUCUUCUCCAUUCCACAUUCCUGCCCCCCUUCCGGUGGGCAGAAGAAGAGACUGAGGCUGCACGUUGGAAAGUCAUCGCUGACUUCCUUAAGCAAAACCAAGAAAAUGAGGGUGCCCUUCAAGCUCUGCUGUCACCAGAUGGAGUCCACGAACCUUUUGACAUUUCAGAGCAGACCUAUGACUUCUUGGGUGAAAUAAGAAAGAAUGCAGCCUGAGGAUGGCCCUCAACCCUCAGCUUCCCCUGAAUCUGAUGAACUGUUUGUGAUGACCUGAAAAAAAUGACAGAACCAAAAGUAACUAUCAAAUAACAACCUAGGUUUUACUUUUUUUUACAGGCCACAUUUUAUAAGAAAUAUUCACCCAAUUAUUUGAAUAUGUUUU